AUGCACAUAUUGUGCUUGGGGGUGGACAUCCUGGUGGCUGGGAAUGUUCUUAAGACCAUCGUGGACUCGGACUCAUACCAGUUCUGGGGUGAUGGGGAUGAGGAGCAAAAGCUUCUGUGCGCAUGGCAAAAGCUCAAAGAAUGGGCACGGCAAUCUGGAUGGAAGCAUUCAGUACCGCGCUUCGCUCCCAAGAAAUUGAAAUCGGCACAACAUCCCUACCCGGAGCUUCAAUCGAAGGCCUGGAAUGCCAGGGUGGUGAUUCAAUGGCUUUCUUCUGCUCUGGAAGAGUUUUCAACAGCGCUCCCAGCUGAUGGCACGAUCCAACUCAUGAAGGAGUGCGUGACAUGCCUUGCAUCUUUUCAUCGCAUUGGUGAACUCAACGGCCGGUUCCUGACCAAGUCCGUUGCACAGCGGAUGGGAAAGCUUUGUGCGCUUGCGGCUGUCGCUCGCAGAUGUGGCCCAAGCACCUGCCGCCGCGAGGUCUGCGGAGGAGGAUGA